UUGACGAAGAAGAGGAACCCGGAAGUGCUCCGCCAAUACGAGUCGACCCAAACACGAGUUGCUAAGUCACCAGAUGUCAACAAACGUGAACGUCUUGAGUGACCCCGCGGCUUUUCUGUCGUCUUUUGCUCGUCAGCAGAUUUUGCUUUCAGGAUGGUUAUUCUGCACGUGAAGCGCGGGGACGAGAGCCACUUCCUGUUCAGUGCCGGCGUGCACGAGACGGUCGACGUGCUCGUGCGCGACAUCACCGCCAUUUUCAACGGGAGGCUUAAAGUUGGCCGAAUCUGCGCAGGGCGCUCGCUUCUGGUUGCAGAGAUGGCGGAGCUGGCAGAGCACGGCAUCACGCUGCCGCCGAACAUGCAAGGGCUAACGGACGAGCAGCUGGUGGACCUGAAGCUGAAGGAUGAGUGGGAGGACAAGUGCGUGCCCAGCGGGGGGGCCGUCUUCAAGAAGGACGACAUCGGCCGGCGCAACGGACAUGCUCCCAAUGACAAAAUGAAAGCCGUGCUACUCAAAACGGUGGACGAGGCAAAGGCCCUCAUCUCCAAAAAACAAGCGGAAGUCAACGUGUGCGUGACCAUGGCCGUGGUGAAGGAAGCCCUGGACCAGCUGCGGGGGGCCGUCAUGAUCGCGUACCCCAUGGGCCUGCCUCCUCACGACCCCAUCCGCAUGGAGUUCGAGGACUGCGAGGACUUGUCGGGGACGCAGGCAUCGCUGCAGGUCCUGGAGGAGUCCGAGUGCCAGCUGUGGUGGGCCGCCAAGGAGAUGCAGCGGGGCAAGAAGCUGCAGGACUACAUCGGCAAGAACGACAAGACUAAGCUGGUGGUCAAAAUCCAGAAGAAAGGACAGGGGGCGCCGGCGAGGGAGCCUCUGGUCACCAAUGAGCAGCACAAGCAGAUGAUGCUGCAUUACUACAGGAGGCAGGAGGAGCUCAAGAAAUUGGAGGAGGCGGACGACGACAGCUACAUGGACUCGGAGUGGUCCGACCGGCAGGCCCUCAAAAGACAAUUUCAAGGCCUGACCAACAUUAAAUGGGGACCCAGGUAGCGGUUUUCCAUUUGCACCAAUGUUUCAUGACGUCUACCCGCCCAUC